AUGACGCAGCCACGGGACCGCUUCUACUGGCUAAAUCAGAUAAACAAAGCCAGCACCCUAACCAACAUCUCCUCGGGGCUGCUAAGCCCCGACCUGGGCCACGACAUCGCGCACGGGAUCGCGCGCGUGCUGGAGUCGGGAAGCCAGCCGGGCGGUCCCCGGCCGGGCAAGGUGAUAACGCUGGAGCCCCUGCUCAUAGCGGCGGCCGGGAUCGAGGCGACGCGGCUGCACGCGGGGCGGUCGAGCCAGGACAUGCACACGACGGCGACGCUGGCGUCGCUGCGGGAGUCGGCGCUGGCGCUGGCGGCGCAGCUGCACCGGACGGCGGCGCGCGCGGUGGAGCUCGCCGGCGACCUGCAGGACUUCCUCGUGCCCAGCUACACCAACGGCGUGGCGGCGCAGCCUAACUCGUACGGCCACUACCUGCUCGGCCAUGCCGCGGGGCUGCUGCGCGACGCGGAGCGCCUGCGGCAGUUCUACGCGCGGCUUGACCGGUGCCCCAUGGGCAGCGCGGUGCUGAACGGGACGCGCUGGGCGCUGGACCGCGGCCGCGUGGCCGCGUACCUCGGGUUCGGCGCCCUGGCGGACAACGCCUACGACGCCGUGCAGAUCUCGGGCACGGAGAUGCCGGUCGAGCUCGGCUUCGUGUGCGCCGGCCUCAUGCUGCACGUCGGGUCCUUCGUCCAGGAUCUGCUCACGCAGUACGCGCAGCCCAGGCCGUGGAUCAUGCUGAAGGAGGGGGGUGACAACACGUAUGUGAGCUCGGCGAUGCCGCAGAAGAGGAAUCCUGGCCUCCUGAACAGCACGCGCGCGGAGGCGUCACGGAUCGUGACGCUCGGCGUCGGGCGCGCGAUCCAGGCGCACAACAUCACGCCCGGCAUGAUCGACGCGCGGAGCACCAGUGACAGCGUCGACAUCCUGAAGGGCGCGGCGGCGGUGCUGAAGGACUGGUGGCGCAUCCUCGGGGCUCUGCAGUUCAAUCGCGAGCGGGCGCUGGAGGAGCUGAACCUCGACUGGACGGCCUCGCAGGAGAUCGCCGACGUGUUGAUGAUCCGCCACGACGUGCCCUUUCGCGUCGGCCACCACUUCGUGUCGGAGAUCGUCGGCUAUGCCAGGAAGAACGACAUACGGCCCAGUGACUUUCCGUAUGACCAGGCACAACAGAUCUGGGCGACGGCGCAUGAGCACCUGGGCCUGGAGAACCCCAGGUCGUUGCCGAUGAGUCACAUGGAGUUCCGCGAGACCUUGGAUCCUGCAACCAUCAUUCGCAACAGAGCGACGAUUGGAGGGCCGCAGCCCGCUGAGAUGGAGCGUAUGCUAAAGGACGCGCGGAAGGACUUGAAAAAGUUCAAGGAUUGGAUAUCGGCCCGCACAGAAUUCAUAGAAACCUCCCUCGCCGGUCUAGACGCAGACUUUGUCAAGUUGCUCGACAGUUGA